AUGUCAUUUGCGUGGGCAGCCCGCGAGCGCCAGCUGCUGGCGGAGCAAAACUUGAAGCCCGUCAUUGAGAAAGAGCUACUCACAAUAUCCCUCCUUGCAGAAGUUGCGGAGCUGCCUGCGGAACACGAAACGGGAAUCCGUCGAGGCGCUGACAUGGUCGUGGGCCUAGUGUCCGAAGCCGGUCCUGGCGGCGCCGACGAUGCCUGGUAUAAUUUCACCAUGGCCUUUUAUUCGGCAGUCAUGUCCACCGGCAACGACCUGAACCACAAAAACCUUGCAGGUCUCAUCGUUGCCGUGGCGGAAUGUGGAGCGGCGAGCGCUAGCGCCGAGGUCUCCCAGAUCCUGGGCCAGCUGAAGGGGUUCGGGUGGACGGCAAGGGAUCUCUGGAAUGGCCCCAAGACCUUGGGCACGUACCAGGACUCGCCCGAGGAAGCGCAGACGUCGUGGGUCAACCUCAACCGGUUCACGGCGCACCUCAGCUGCCUGCAGCGCACAAGGCCGGUAGAGGCUCUAGAACAGUGGCUCGAGGACUACGGUCUGUGGACCAUCGCGUCGGGGCUGGAGGACCCGGACACCACUGCGCGCGCCGAGCACAUCGAGCCCGCCAUCUGGUGGCUGCGCAUUGCCGGGCACGACAUCUUCAGCGACACGACCUGGGGCGCCCGCGACGGGAAUCCGCAGCCGGGCGUGCCUGAGCGUGACGGCCCGCUGUGGACUGCUAGGCUUGCUGAGGGGGCGAGUCAGGAAAGUCGCUGGGACUUUUGGAAGGAGAGACUGCGGCAGAUUGCGGCCGACAAUCGCGUCCCUGUGAAUACUAGGAAUUUGGCGAGUGACGCUUUGCAGGAGAUGGUGGGCCGGUGGUAA